AUGAGAGAAAACAAAAAAGAGAGUAACAGAAGGGGAAACAAAAGAGAGAAACAGAAGGAAAAAAUAAAAACUAGAGAAACGGAAGGAGAAAAUAAAGUAAAAAAGAGUACGGGAAGGGACGAGCAAGAGAGAGAGAGUGAGAGAGCGGGGAGCGGGCGGCUCACCUGGAUGUUGCGCUCGAGGAUGGCGUCGUCGUCGACCACGCACUCCACGAAGAGCAGGCGCCAGCCCAGGCGGUCCACCACGCGCUCCUGGAGCUGGCGGCGCGCCGCGCGGGUGGCGUGCGUCCCGUCCAGCACCUGCGCGCACACAACAACCCGCCCCGUCACUUCCGCUGGCGAAAUGCUCGUCCCGCGCAGGGCGGUCCCAGCACGCAAUUACAAAAGAAAAACUUUGCUCUUGGAAGUGUACAGGUGGACCCACCCGCGAAGGCAGCGCACUCACCGCGACGGUGCCGGAGGAGCGCAACCACUCGACGGCGUCGGCCAGGGCCAGCGCCGCGCUCCUGUUGCGGAUCUCGAGCGCGGCGCUGUUGUCGGCGCGGAAGAGGUUGUGGUUGUCGUAGCGCUCCAUGAGCUUGCGCCGUCGCUGACGGUGAAGGCCUCGGCCAGCUCGCCGUUCCACGCCAGGAAGCGCGCCAGGCGGUGCGCCAGCGUCGUCUUGGAGCGCGCCGGCAGCCCCACGGUGGCCACCAGGAGCGGCGCUGUCGCCGCCAGCGCGCCGCCUCUGCCCGCCGCCAUGCCGCGCUGCUGCUCGCUGUUCACGCCUGCGCACACGGACAAGGAGUCUCAUAAGACAAACGGCCACAAACAACGCAUACCAUCAACUCUAAACCUAAAUGAGGAUGAUGUCAGACGAAGUCUCGAAUCGGGCUGCAAGAGCCAUAGGAACACGGCACGUAACGCCACCCCAGUCACGUUGAAUUCUCGCGAGCCGGUCGAAGUCCAAAGCAACGUGUCACGAGCGCGUGCGGCUCAAACCGACCAGGCACUGGACCAAACAUCCAGCAGCGAACAAGACCUCCACCUCCCUCGCGAGCGUGUGUCGAGCCGGCGACUGUCGGAGAGUGCAGAGAGCUGGCGCAAUUUGAAUCGGCGAGCGCCAAUGGCGCCGGUCGCCAAAUCGUAUGAGGGGAGAGUGGUUGGGGAUCAGGGUGGUCGUGACGUUUUGACACGACGCGACCCGGCCGGUGGCGGCAGCCGGGGCGGACUGCCGCGAGGCGAUAGCGGUCUCGGCGCAGGAAGCGAGAGGAUCAGCUGGCAGGGGUCGGGUCAGGGGUUGGCCGUGGAGCGGAGUGGCAAACCUAAAGGGAAAGUUAAAUUGGAACCAGCCGAUAGAGGCGAGACAGGAACCCGCAUCCUUCGACGUCACGUUCUUGGACCAACUCCAAUUCCCUGCGCCACCGAGGCAGGAAAAAGAGAAGUGCUGCAGUGUUGUGGAUCUUAG